AUGAACGUGUUGUUAUUCCUCUGUGAUGCGGAGGAGCAGGAAGAUGGUGGCGGCUGCUACAAUAUACCAUCCUGGAUGCCGCUGAAGUAUGGAGGCCUACAAGGUUUUGUGUCAGUGUUGUCUGAGAUUCGGCCCAAAAAUGACCUUGGACAUCCAUUCUGUGACAAUCUCAGACAAGGUCUUCCACAUUUCUCCACUGGAAUCUUCCGCUGUUGGGGGCGAGACACUUUCAUAGCGCUGCGCGGCCUCAUGCUUUUGACAGGGAGGUACUUAGAGGCCAGAAAUAUCAUCUUGGCCUUUGCUGGCACAGUGAGACAUGGUCUGAUCCCUAAUCUGCUGGGUCAGGGUGUCGCAGCCCGUUAUAACUGCCGUGAUGCAGUAUGGUGGUGGCUUCAGUGUAUCCAGGACUACUGUAAUAUCGUGCCCAAUGGCACAGAUAUUCUUAUGUGCCCUGUGUCACGUAUGUAUCCCACUGAUGACUCUGAGUCACAGCCCCUGGGGACAGUGAAUCGCUUCAACUGUGGGACGUGGAUGGAUAAAAUGGGAGAGAGUGACAAAGCCCAUAAUAGAGGUGUUCCAGCCACACCUAGGGACGGCUCUGCGGUGGAGAUUGUGGGUCUCUGUAAGUCAGCGGUGCGCUGGCUGAUGACGAUGAAUGAGAAUGGAAAUUUCCCAUACUCCUCUGUCACAAUACACAGAGAUGGAACAGAACAGUCGGUGUCCUAUAAAGAGUGGAAUCAAAGGAUCCAGGAGAAUUUUGAUCUGGUGUACUGCGGCAUUUAUGACAAUGCCCUGGAUAAUGACAACUACAACUGUGCGAAAGGAUUCAACUAUCACCAAGGACCUGAAUGGUUGUGGCCAGUUGGAUACUUCUUACGAGCCAAGCUUUAUUUCGCUAAGAAAAUGGGCCAGGAGAAGUACAACAAAAGCGUGUACCUCGUCAAGAAUGUUCUGUCUAGACUUUAUACCCAUUUAGAAAGAUCACCUUGGAAGGGUUUACCUGAGCUGACCAAUGAAAAUGGACAGUACUGCCCGUUCAGUUGUGAAACACAGGCUUGGUCCAUCGCCACUGUUCUGGAGGCCCUAUAUGAUUUAUGAUCAUUUCAAGGACAAGCUCUCAUUUACUUCUUGCCACCUUUCUGAGAAGUUCAGAGGACAUUGUUUUACAUUCACAGCUUUGUUGUGAACUUUGUGCCAACUCACUUUU